GCUUGCACUUGCAUGACCAAGAACUGGAGAAGUGCAGGUUCUAAAAGGAACUCGGUGCCUUCUCAUGAGGGUGUUAGAAAUUAUACUUCAGACUCGAGUGAAAUGAAAAUUUCAGAUGAAAAAGGAACUGCUGAGACAAGAAAAAUGACUGUGAUUAAGAAGAAUGUCUGCUGUGAUGCCGUAUACGUGAACGCAGCUAAGAUUUUUCAAUUCAUUCAUAAUAAAAAGCCAAAGGAAAGAACGUUAGUGCGAUAUGGUGAUGGCUCGGUAUCUCCCAUGCUGACUCUUAAAGAUGAGUGUUCCCAGCGUUUAUCUUACAAUCUGGCUUUCAGUGCUCUGAAAUAUCAAGAUCUUCUUGAAGAAAUACUGCUAGAUAGUCAAGUUUACUCAUGUCAUUCAAUACCGGCUGAAUUAACCAGCCUGCUUCUUGUGUUACUUUAUGACCUGCAAGACAGAAAGUUUGAAGCACGUGUGAUAUCUGAUGAGGAGGAACCUAUAGCAGAAGUUCGGGAAAUGGAGAAUUUUCUGUUCAGGUUUAGGAUCAAAUUGGCAGCUGCACUUGCAAGAUGUCGCAUCAAAUAUGAUGCUAUUUCAAUUGAAUACUUUAUACCGGAAACUUUAAAGAAGCACGAACAAAGAACUUCUGCCUUACCUUUAUGUGCUUGGAUAAAUACAUUGAAGACCAGCUUUGAAGAUGCCUUUGAAGAUCUGGAGAGUGAGGGAUUCAGCGAAGUUGAAUCUGUGUCAGACCUCAAGGGUUACACUUAUUGUUUGGACCAGCUUUGCCACAACGUCUUGUUUUUCCCUUCCUCUCUUAAAGACGAGCUGCUUGAUUUAGAUCUUUUUGCAGACUGCAGACUCUUACUGCAGGAUAAGUCUCGCAGCCUCGCUGUACACUCUGUACAGGCGCUGUUGGGUACGGAUGAUGAUGUUAUCAUGGCUCACCUGGGUUCCCACCUCACCGUCGCCCAUAUGUCAGCACUGAGAAACGACAGCACAUCCAAAAUCUUUGUUUGUGGUGUAAAAAGUUCUGCAAAAGCAGAUGAACUGGAAGACUUGUUCGAACACAUGGGAUGUAAAAAUAUUCAGCUGCUAAAUGAAGACUUUACUGAGAUUGAACCAAAAGAUCCCAGAUUUCAAAAUGCAAAAGUUAUUUUGUUGAUACCACGGUGCUCUGGACUGGGUUUUAGUAAUCCAAUAGAUUUUAUUUUGACUGAACAUGGAGAUGCAGGAUUGCUGAAAGACCUUUUCCAAGGAUCUGUGUCUAAGGAUAAACUCCGUACUCUCGCUGAGAGGCAGCUGAAUGAGUUGAUGCAUGCAAUGAAAUUUCAUGUACAAUCUAUUGUUUACUGCACUUCUUCUGUUUACCCAGAAGAGAAUGAAGAAGUAGUGCAGAAAGCGCUGGAAUGUGCUGUGAAAGUAAAAAAGCUGAUACCAUUCAGACCGAUUCCUCCUGCCUUUUCUGAAUGCUCCAAUCCAGAUUCCUGCACUGAUCCUUUCUUCAAAAUAGAACCAUCAGAAGUUUCCAGUGGCUGUUUUCUGGCUGUUAUAGCAAGAGAGACAGACUCUUCUGAAAAUAUGUCCACGAAGGAUGUUUUGUCUAACGCUGCAGCAAAAGGACUACUACUAGACAGCAUGCUAGGUACAUCAGAGGAAGAAGAGAUGCAAGAGAAGGUUGUAACACAGCGUAGAAGUGAUACUGCUGAGGUGUCUAAGAGAAAAGCUGUGUCUAACAGGAAAGCUGUAUCUAACAGGAAAGCUGUAGUACCUGAGGCUGUAAGCAAACUGAAAGAAAUGAAUUCCAACCAACCAACUAGUCACAUUCAGCUGAAGAAACCCACCAUCGAACCAGGCUCAGACAAGGGAGUUUCUAAAGUGCCGAAGCACACAACUGUUGUCAAGGUGGACGGAAAGCAGACACAAGCCAGACAGCUGACACAAGCCAGACAGCCGACACAAGCCAGACAGCCGACACAAGCCAGACAGCCGACACAAGACAGAAAGCCAUGUACAGAUGAUAGAAAAACGCUCGCUUUGAAAAUAGUGGAAAUUGUUUUUCCUCAAAGACACUCACCCAGGCUAGCAGAUUAUGUCACUUUGCUCCAGUCCAGACAGAUGAAUAGAAGUCUGAGGGAUAGAGAAUCUCCUCCACCUGUGUCUGAUGUGGACAAGCCAACUGUGCUUAGAAAUUCUCAACCAGAGCUGUAAGAAUCUUCAAACUUCCCCCUAGCUUUUUAGAAAAGGUAAAGAUUCCUGUAUAUACUUAUUCACACAUGUAGAUUACAAUAAACCUUUAUUCAUUAUCAACUUACUAUGAGACUAGUUCUCAGAUAUUUGCAUGGAAAUAGCUCCGUAAGCCAUUUAAAACCAAGAAUUACAUUUUGAAGUUACACAAGGCUGACAGACCACUGGGGGAGCAAGGUCAAACAUACUGCAGCUUUUUGCUAUAGGUUUUAAAAUGACAAGUUACAGCAUACAGUUUUCUUUUCUCCCAUGAUUUGCGUAGCUACAUAUGAAUCUAUUUCAAUUUAUAAAAAAAAAAUAAAAUAUUAUUUCUUUUUU